UUGUGCUGCAAAACACGUGCCCAGGCCUUCCCGUAAUGUACGGAUCGUGUAGUUUGUGAAUUUCGAAAUCAACCAUACAGACAAAACCGUGCUCCCUACCAUUCCCAGCUAUAAUGUCGGAUGAAGCUAAUAGCACCGCCGCUUCGGAAAGCGAACCGCUGUCGCCUAGUGACCAAAGCAAUCCUGAAGGUGCCGUUCAGGGCCAGGCUGCGCAGCAGCUGCAACAACAACCGUCACGCGCUGAAUCGUUCUUUGCUAUCACCAAAUCACUGAUCAUCAGGGCAUUGAUUAUUUAUUUCAUCUCAUCUUUCUUCCGACGUCCUGCUCCAGAUGCAGGCGUAAAUCAACAAUCCACAGGAAAAUCCAAAAUCAACGCCUGGAAUUUAUUCGAAAAUGGUACCGUUUUUGAUCUGCACGUCUACAUUUCGGAAGACCAGUAUAAUGUUGAUUUCAACGACCCGAACAGUUUAAUAUGGUUGCAUGAGGGAUUAGUUUAUGGUGACUGGUAUGGAGGCCCCAAUGGGGAUGGUAUUUUUACAUUGAAUACUCGUAUCAAAGCUUCCGAGUCGCUCAUGAACAAUGGUUCAAUUUACCUACACACAUACGUCACGAAAACGGGCCUUAGUCCGAACCCGGCAGCAGGAGAAGAUUUUGCUGGCAAAAAUAUGGGCCACACCAAGUCCAUGCUCAGCAAAUACAGGAGGAUAAAACGAACCAAAACGCAUAAUUUACUCGCAGGAGAAAAAGAGAAAUUCGAAAAGGAACUGGAAGAUGCGCUAGUAGAUGACAAGAUACUUUCGCACUGGCAUCCCAAUUUAACCAUUAAUCUUGUCACGGAUCAAACAAACUGGGUGAAAGGAUCUGUUCCACCUCCACUGGACGAGUACAUCAAAUUUCUUCCCGGUGGCCAAACAUAUCUUCCCAUCGUUUUCUUCAAUGAUUACUGGAAUAUGAUGAGAGACUAUCAGCCUAUUAACCAAACCACACCCGUGUUGGAACUGAACCUGUCGUAUCAGCCGUUAUCGCUCUUCAAGUGGCAGCUAUACGCAGCACAAACGAUGCGUAAUAAAUGGGCCAACAACAUGUUCACCGAAGCACUAUCAGGAGGUUCCGAAUCAGACGAGGAUCAGGAUUCACUAAAAGAGGCGUUGCUUGAUACUAAUCCUUACCUGCUCGGUGUCACGAUCGUGGUAACGAUUCUGCAUAGCGUAUUCGAGCUACUUGCAUUUAAAAAUGACAUUCAAUUUUGGAACAAUCGAAAAUCUCUGGAAGGGCUUUCAGUACGAUCAGUAUUUUUCGGUGUAUUUCAGUCGGUGAUCGUAUUGCUUUAUGUAUUGGAUAAUGAAACAAAUUUUAUGAUCAAAAUCAGUUGUUUCAUGGGUCUUGGUAUCGAGGUGUGGAAGAUUCAGAAAGUGGUCAACAUCAACGUGAGCAAGGAAAAUCGUGUGCUUGGAUUCUUACCUCGGAUAAGCUUUACGGACAAGGGCUCGUAUGUAGAGUCUAGUACAAAACAGUACGAUAAUCUGGCUUUUAAAUAUCUCGGUUGGGUGUGCUUCCCACUACUGGUCGCUUAUAGCGUGUACAGUGUAUUUUAUCAGGAGCACAAGGGAUGGUAUUCGUUUGUGCUUAACAUGCUAUACGGAUAUCUGCUAACUUUCGGGUUUAUUAUGAUGACCCCACAGCUGUUUAUCAACUACAAGCUAAAAUCAGUUGCUCACUUGCCAUGGCGGAUGUUGACGUAUAAAUUUUUGAACACUUUUAUUGACGAUAUUUUUGCCUUUGUAAUCAAAAUGCCGAUGAUGUACCGAAUCGGUUGCUUCCGUGAUGAUAUUGUGUUCUUCAUCUUCCUCUACCAACGAUGGAUCUACAAGGUCGAUUCGAAGCGCAUGAAUGAAUUUGGAUUUUCAGCGGAUAUGCUGGAGUCAAAGGGGACAGUAGCGUCGACAGAAGCUCCCGAAGCGUUGAUCAAACCAACGAACAGCACCGAUGAGCAUCAGGAUACGGGAAGCCAGCCUUCAUCUCCAAAUUCGAAAAAGAAGAAGAACAAAAAAUCGUCUCCAAAACGCAAAGGAGGCAACAAAUCGGCAACAGAAAAGAAGGAUGACUAAUGGAAAGCAAUAUACACUGUUAGUAGAUGUCUAGGACAGUUUGUUGCCUUGUAGGGAGAGAAAUUAGCUCGGCAAGCAACUAUUGUCGUCUAAUAAUUGUAUCUAACAGGAUUCAUAGUACUAGCGAAUUUGUUUUUCAUUGUCGAAGUAUGUUUAGUUUGUUUCAUAUUGCUUAGCAGGAUUGGCAUACCUGUGCAGAUCUAAGCCAUAGCUGUAAUCAAUAACAAGGAAGCUUUACUGGGUUCAUUCGACUACCAAGACUCAUUGUAAAAAUGAAAGGAAUACAUUAUGAUACUUUCUCAACGAUCAAAGUACGUAUUAGUGUGGUGCUAAAAGUGAGAGAAUAAAUCUGAAGCAAGAUUAUGAAGAGCAAACAGCUUAUGA